AUGGCCGGAGGCAUGUUCUUCCAUGCCGUGUGGGCCGUCGCGAUCGCCGUGGCAGCGGUGGCAGCCGGCGUUUCUGCGGAAGGCACACUCGGAGUGAACUGGGGAACGGUAGCGACGAACCCAUUGGACGGGAGCAUCGUGGUGCAGUUGCUGAAGGAUAAUGGAAUAAAAAGAGUGAAGCUUUUCGAUUUGGAUUCCGCGGCUAAUCUAUCUGUCUUGGCUGGUACCGGAAUUAAGACCAUCGUCGGCAUCCGUAAUGAGCUCCUUGAGACAUUUGCAACCGAUUACAACCUUGUCAAAGAUUGGGUUAAGCAAAAUAUUUCCACUUACAUGGGUGAAGGGGGUGUUGAUAUAAUAUACAUCGCCGUAGGAAACGAACCAUUCUUGGGGAAUUACCAAGGGAAGUACGUCAAUACCACAUUCCCGGCCAUGCAAAAUGUACAAAAGGCUCUGGAAGCUGCCGGACAUAGCGACAAAAUCAAAACGCAGAAUCAGAAUCCGGAGGCGUGCGAUUUUGGAGGGGCGGCCAAGAUUGUGACCAAGAAUGCAACAGUAGGGGACUGCUUGUUUCAGAUACAGAUUAUGAGGGCUGCGAGUGAGAGCCCGAGCCCGAGUAGAAAGGCUGGCGGAAGCCCGAGCGACAGCGCUGGAGAAAGGUUGAGGAUCGGGGCGGCGUCCGCGGUGGUUGGGCUUAUCUUCACCCUAUUUGCAUAUUUGGUUUAG